AUGUCACCUGGUGGCCUCCAGGGACCUUCCCAGGGGUGGCGUCGCCCCCGAGGUCCCUCCCAGGGACGGCGCCCCCAGGGACCCUACCAAGGGCGGUGGCGACCCCAGGAACUCUCUCAGAAACAGUGGUACCCCCAGGGCUUCUUCCAGAGGCAGCCUCGCCCCCAGGGACAGUGUCGCGGCGCCUCCCAGGGACCCUACCAAGGGUCCCCAUGGGUCCUAUGCCCUCUCAGGGACGGUGGUGCCUCAGGGACCCUUACAGGGGCUGUGGCGCCCCCAGGGACCCUCCCAAAGGUAGCGGUGCCCCCCAGAGACUUUCUCAGCGGCGGCAGCGCCCCUAGAGGUCCUUGCAGGAAUGGUGACGUCCCCAGGGACCCUUUCAGAGACGCCGGGUUCUCCAGGUACCCUCCCAGGAGCGGCUACGCCCCCAUUAACCUCCCAGUGAUGGCGACGCUCCCAAGGACCCUCUCAGGGAAGGUGGUGGCCCCAGGGACCCUCUCAGGGAACUCGCGCCAAGAUAGCCUCCCAGGAGCGGCGGCGAACCCAGCGGCCCUUCCAGGAACUACGGCGCAUCAAGGGACCUUCUCAGGGAGGGUGGAGCCCCCAUGGCUCCCUCCCAGGGUCGGCAACAUCACCAGGGAUUACCCAGGGACACUCCUAAGGGUGGCAGGAUCCCCAGAGUCUUUCCCAGGGGGCGUCGGCUCCCCCAUAGACACUCCCAGGGACAGUGGCGCCCCCAAAAACUAUCCCAGGAAUGAUGGCGUUCCUAGGGGCCCACUCAGGGACGGCAGCGCUCCCAGGGACUCUCCCAGACGCGGUGGCGCCACCAUGGACACUUUCAGGUCUGGUUCUCCCAGAGGAUCUCUUAUGGAGGGGCGGCGCCCCAGGUACCCUCACAGGGGUAAUGGCUCCCCCAAGAAACAUCCCAGAGGUGGUGACGUUCUUAGGAGCGCUCUCAGGAGCGGCGGUGCAGCCAGGGAACCUUCCAUAAGCAGUGGCGCCCAUAUGGACACUCCCAGCGACAACGGCUCCCCCAGGGACCCUCGCAGUGCCCCUGCAGCACCCCCAAGGACCCUCCUACAAACGGCGGCACCCCCAGGGACCCUCCUUGUGACGAAGCCCCCCCGCAGACCCUACCAAGGAUCCCAAGGGACUCUAUGGCAUACUUGCUCUCUCAAUGACGGCAGCGCUCCAGUGUCCAUCACAGGCGCAGCAGCGCCCCCAAAAAACAUCCCAGGGGUGGUGACGUUAUUAGGGGACCACUCAGAGUCGGCAGCGCCCGUAGGGACCCUUCCAGAGGCGGUGGUGCCACAAUGGACACUCCCAGAGAGAGCGGCGCCCCCGGGGAAGUUCGCAGUGUCCCUCCCAGGAGCGACGGCUUCCCCAAGGACCCUCCCAUGGACGGCAGCGCCCCCACGGACUCUCCUUGGGGCGAGGCCCCCCAGGGACCCUAUGAGGCUAUCUUAUGGACGGCGGUGUCCCAGGGACCCUCACAGGGGUAACGGCGCCCCAAGGAAACAUCUCAGGGGUGGAGGCGUUCUUAGGGGCCCUCUCAGCGGCGAUGGUGCCGCCAGGGACCCUCCCUUAAGCAGUGGCGCCCAUACGGAUACUCCCAGCGACAACGGCUCCCUCAGGGACCCUCGCACUGCCCCUGCAGCGCCCCCAAGGACCCUCCCAUGGACGGGGGCACCCCCAGGGACCCUCCUUGAGGCGAAGCCCCCACGGACCCUACCAAGGAUCCCAAGGGACCCGCUAAAACUACUGCAUAUAGGGGCCUACAGGUUUGGUGCUCCCAGAGGCUCUCUUAAUGACGGCGGUGCCCCAGUGUCCCUCACAGGGGCAGCGGCGCCCACACAAAAAAACCCAGGGGUGGUGGCAUUCUUAGGGGCCCACUCAGGAUCGGCGGCGCCCCUAGGGACCCUUCCAGAGGCGGUGGUGCCCCCAUGGACACUCCCAGAGACAGCAGCGUCCCCAGGGACUUUCGCAGUGCCACUCCCAGGGGCGACGGCGUCCCCAAGGACCCUCCCACGGACGGCAGCGCCCCCACGGACUCUCCUUGGGGCGAGGCCCCCCCAGGGACCCUAUGAUUUCAAAAUAGCGCAAACACUACUGCACCCCGGGGCUCUACAGGUCUGGCGCUCCCAGGGGCCGCCUAAGUGA